AUGGGGAGCUGUACUCGACGGUCAAGAGAAUCGACUGCAGUUAAGAACUUUGUCAUGGAGUACUUGAAGAAUGGAAGCACAGCAUCUACGUGCGAAGAGAUAUACCAGCUUCUGCACCACACACUUAGGACUAGGGUGUCAAGGGAGUGUUUGAAGCAGGUUAAGAAAGUGUCCAGGACCUUUGUGAACGAAUCCAUAGAAAAAACUAACGAAAUGGAACUAGAAGAUGUGGGGAGGUACUUAUACGGGUUUAAUUGUCAUUGGGACAGAACUAUGAAUCUUUUUGAGAAGGUGUUUCGCCCAAUUACACCGAUUGGGAGAAAUUUGAUGGAAGGGUUGUUUUCAAGGUUAUUCAGGCGGUUUGUUCGGGGAGUUGAGGGUAGAUUGACCGCCUUUAUGACAUGGAGUCUGAAAGAGGAAAUAGAAAGGAAAGGAGAUGGCGGGGAAGCAGCCGUGUCCAGCUAUGAAAAUUACGAAUCUUCGCCAAAUAAAAAGCAGAAAGUAAGUCAAAGUAGUCCUGCGAUACUGAAAAAAACAUCGGGCAGAGAGGAGGACCCCAGAAGGUUUGAAUCCCUUUGCAGAAGAGAGCAGAUCACUGCAAUAGUUCACAUACUCCAAAGCAGAGGAUGUUUUGGCAUAUUUCUGGAAAGGGUCGUCGAAUGCUUGAUUGCUGCCCUUAGUUCAAGAGUGGAGGACAAAGAGGUGGAGAUUUUCGGCAUAAAAGAUCUUAUUGAUGAAUACAGGAAGGCUGAAUAUAUGAAGGAUUAUUUUUAUGCAGUCGAGUCUGGUUUGAUAAGAAGAGUAGUUAUGAAAUAUACAAACGAGGAAAUCUUUAGGAUGCUGUGCAGGGAGGAUGAAAUGAGACUAUGCAUGGACUUUUUCUGCAUUUCCAACUCAGAAAAAAGGCUUGUGGAGGCCCUUGGGGAGUAUUGUAGGGAAAUAAUCGAGAAUCUCUCUGCCGAUGGGUUUAUUACAGGAUACUAUUGGAUCUAUCUAAAGUUUAGAGAUGUGGAGAAAUGCAAAGAUGAUGGAUAUGAAGAAAUCAGCGAAGGGAUCAGAAGAUGUAAGAAGGAUGUUGUAAACUCCAAUGUGGAGCGUGUUGUCGAGUGUAUCUGUGGGUGGACGGAUUCCCUCCUGAGGGGAAGAAUGUCUAUCGAGAAAACUACCAUUGAGGGAAUGGACCACAGAAUUCAAAUUCCAGGGAGCAGAGAAGAGGAUGUAUUGGAGACAAGAGGAGUUUUGAAAAGAUUGGGGAUCGAUGAAGUUCUUCUUGAGGGAGGAGUAUGGAAAGAAUACCUCCUAUCAAAUAUCUUCCGAGCAAUUGGAGAGAUUUUCGAUCUAUGCAACGACAAGAAAGCGUUUGAAAUGGCGCUACAAAACAGGCUGGGAAAUCGGCUCAUUUCCCAGUCGUCUGUAUCAAUGUACUGGGAAAAUCUACUGAUUGAUGGGAUUGACCCUGGUAGAAACAGCCUAGGCAAGAUGAGAUGCAUGAUAAGGGACUUUUCCGAAAGGGAGUUAUUUAUGGGCCACGAAGUUCUACUUCUCCGGGCAUGCAAAUGGCCUGGAUACGAAGGGACUAGCCUUGGAAUCCCGGAUGUAGAAGAGGUCAAGGGGAAGUAUGAGGAUGCCUUAAGAAACAAGAAGAAAAGAAUCAGAUGGAACGACCUCUUGUCAUCCUGCUCGGUUGAGAUUCUGGGGCAUGCAGCCACAGUUACCCUGACUCAGUACCUGAUGAUCAGGCAGCUAGCUGAGAAGGAUAGAGCAGCCGAGGAUUUAAAGAUAUACAAGGGUUGGGAUGAAAACCUUGGCGCACUAGUCAAGAAUGGACUGGUGAGGGCUGACGGAAGAAGAUAUUUCCUGAACAUGGACUGGGAAGGGAAUUGCUCUGGAAAUCGGUUGAUUCCUGACACAUUUCCAUUGGUGAGGCUAUCAGAAGCCGCAAGGGGAUUUGACAAAUCAGAAUCCUGCAAAGACCUUCUGGACUGUAGAAUAAUAAAGGAGAUGAAGAACAAGAGAGUAUUGGAUAGAGAUGAACUCAGAAGGCUGAUGGGCAGGGAAUAUUCAUCGGAAGCACUUGACGAAAGGAUUGAAAGUUUGGCUGGGCGCGAAUUCUUGAGCAUCGAGGGAGAAAGCAUAAGAUACUUACCAUGA